UUGAGCUUUACAAACUGUUUAUAUUUUACUAAAAUAAUUCUAACAAAUCCAGCUUCAGAUCUUUUGCUACAUUUAAUUCACUUUAUUCCGGAUUUUCUGUUUAAUGUCAUUUAAAGGUUAGAACAUGUGAAAUAAAACCAAGUUUUUAAAAUGUUUAAAAGCCAUUUUUAGCCCGAUGAUCAUAAGAUCAGAUGGUAGAUCGGAGAUCUGAGGGCAACGAUGAGCGUUUUGAUUUCCUGUUAGACUGAAAUCUCAUUUUAGAAACGGCUGGAUGUUUCUGUCAGGGGGCUGGAGGGAAAUCCCAGGAUUGGUCAACUUUCAGAGAAUGUGAAGCAGAGACACCUGACUGAAAAGAGCUGCAGAAAUAAACUUUGAAUUAAAAAGUGACGUGAGAGCAGCUGACCCAGGAGGAGAACCAGAACUCUGUGGUUCCUCUGCUGCUGGCCAGAAAUAAAUUAAAACAUUAAAGAAACCAGUUAAUCUUGGAUUCCUGCUCCCAUCCUGAGGCUCUUAUGUUAGAGACAGACAUAUUUUACCUUCAAACAAAUAGAGAUCUAGGAACUAAAAUCUUAACCACUAGUUGAGCUUCAUUCCAGGAUGUUUUAAAGGAUCUGAUGUGGAAAAACUAAACUACACUAAACUAACCUACACUCACCUGUCCUCUGAUCAUAAACUUCUGCUUUUAUCACAUCUGAGGUCCACUUUCACUCCGGGACAAUUUAUUCAGCUGCUAUAUUUGAUGUUCUGCAUAUUUAAGCUAAAUUACUGCAACUUGUUAUAUUUUAAUCAAACACUGCAGAGACAGCACUCUGAACAGCUGUGCUCUGCAGCAGCUGGGAGAUAAAGAUGAAUCAGUUUUACUGUAGUAAACAGAACAGGAGAAACUAAAGCAACAGAGAGAUGAGAUGAUCCAUGUUCAGCCUGUUGCAUCUGUCCUGCUUCAGGUCUGUUUACCUUUCAGAGCCACAUGCAGAGAAUCACUCAGGAGAGGAGAAAUCAGUGAAAGGUGUUUAUUUACAAAGUGAAGUAAUGUGCAGCCGUAACGAUCUGGGUGGGUCAGGGGACUUCUGGAAGAAAUAAUGAAUUAGUGGAGCAGAUGAAGGUAACAGUGUUGGACAUGGGACUUCCUCAGGAUGAGAGGUGAAUCCACCUGUAGGUGAAACUGCAGGAUGGUAGGCAGAGAAGCUGAUGAGCCACAAGGGUUAAAACUCAGGCAACCAGCUCCUUAUAUCCAGGUUUGAAUGAGGCUGAUUCCCUGCAGGUGUUCAGCUACACCUGCAGGGAAUCAGCCUCAACCAUGCAACAGUUUCACCUGAGCGCCCUCUGGUGGCUACCUGCUGCAAAGCCACAGAGAAAACACAAUGAAGAUACUCUGAAAGCUGGAAACUGGAUUCACCUCCAGUUGUGAAACCCACCACAACAUCGCUCUACUGCUCUAUGAUGGUUUCUAUUUGAAGUUUCUUCCCAGAAUGCUGAGUCCAUGAAGAGCUGCUAUGAGUCCACCCGGCUUGUUCAGAACCAGACUUUCUCUGAAGAACAAAACCGGUCUCUGGGAACCAGAACCGGAUUCUGCUCCGGAUUCGGUCCUUCAACCUCAACCCAGCUGUUUGUCAUUUCGGAGCAACCAAUCAAAAUCAGAACCUCUUCAGUUUAAAGGAAGGUUCUGCACAUCUGAACUGGAUCAGUGCCAGUUUUUUCUCCCCAGACCAAGUUCUGAUCCAGAACCCGAACCCAGUUGUUUGUCCCUGAGGAGCAGCCAGGCAGCAGGAUGGAAAUCCCACCCAGACCUGAGAGUGGACCAGCAGAGCUCAGCGGUUCCCAGCGGUCCGUCUGGGCAGCAGCUUCAAACACAGCUGGACUCCAUAUUUACGGAACUGGAGCGAAACAUGAUCCGUUUUAUAAAGAACGAACUGAAGAAGAUCCAGAAGGUUUUGAAUCCAUGUUACCCAGAAUGCUUAGAGAGUCGGAAGGAGGAUGAGGAGAUGGUGGAGGGUGAUGAUGACGAGCAGAGGAAGAGGAGCAGCAGUGAAGCUUUGCUGAAGAUCAUAGUUUUGUUCUUGAAGAAGAUGAAUCAGGAGGAACUGGCCGAGCAUCUGCAGAGCAAAACUCCUUCCAUGUGUCAACAUAACCUUAAAUCCUCCCUGAAGACGAAGUUCCAGUGUGUGUUUGAGGGAAUCGCUAAAGCAGGAAGUCCAACCCUGCUGAACCAGAUCUACACUGAGCUCUACAUCACAGAGGGAGGAACUGGAGAGGUCAACCAGGAACAUGAGGUCAGACAGAUUGAAACAGCAUCCAGGAAACAACACAGACCAGAAACAACAAUCAGACAAGAAGACAUCUUUAAAGUCCAACCUGGAAGAGAUCAACCAAUCAGAACAAUGAUGACAAAGGGAGCAGCUGGCAUUGGGAAAACAGUCUUAACACAGAAGUUCACUCUGGACUGGGCUGAAGACAAAACCAACCAGAACAUCCAGUUCAUAUUUCCAUUCACCUUCAGAGAACUGAAUGUGCUGAGAGAGAAAAAGUUCAGCUUGGUGGAACUGAUUCAUCACUUCUUUCCUGAAACCAAAGGAAUCUUUAGCUUUGAACAGUUCCAGGUUCUGUUCAUCUUUGAUGGUCUGGAUGAGAGUCGACUUGGUCUGGACUUCAACAACAAUCCGAUCCUGACUGAUGUUACAGAGUCCAGCUCAGUGGAUGUUCUGCUGACAAACCUCAUCAGGGGGAAACUGCUUCCCUCUGCUCUCCUCUGGAUAACCACACGACCUGCAGCAGCCAAUCAGAUCCCUGCUCAGUGUGUUGGCAUGGUAACAGAGGUCAGAGGGUUCACUGACCCCCAGAAGGAGGAGUACUUCAGGAAGAGAUUCAGGGAUAAGACUCAAACCAAGAAGAUCAUCUCCCACAUCAAGACAUCACGAAGUCUCCACAUCAUGUGUCACAUCCCAGUUUUCUGCUGGAUCACUGCUACAGUUCUGGAGGAUGUGAUGGAGACCAGAGAGGGAGGAGAGCUGCCCAAGACCCUGACUGAGAUGUAUAUCCACUUCCUGGUGGUUCAGACCAAAGUGAUGAAGGUCAAGUAUGAUGGAGGAUCAGAAACAGAUCCACACUGGAGUCCAGAGAGCAGGAAGAUGAUAGAGUCUCUGGGAAAACUGUCUUUUGAUCAGCUGCAGAAAGGAAACCUGAUCUUCUAUGAAUCAGACCUGACAGAGUGUGGCAUCGAUAUCAGAGCAGCCUCAGUGUACUCAGGAGUGUUCACACAGAUCUUUAGGGAGGAGAGAGGGCUGUACCAGGACAAGGUGUUCUGCUUCGUCCAUCUGAGUGUUCAGGAGUUUCUGGCUGCUCUUCAUGUUCAUCUGACCUUCAUCAACUCUGGAGUCAAUCUGCUUGAAGAAUGUGAGACAGAAGAUAAGGAACCUGCACUGGCUAAUUUACAUCAGAAUGCUGUGGACAAGGCAUUACAGAGUCCAAAUGGACACCUGGACUUGUUCCUUCGCUUCCUUGUGGGUCUUUCACUGCAGACCAAUCAGAGACUCCUACAUGGUCUCCAGACACAGAAGGAAAGAAGUUUACAGAAAAACCAGGAAACAAUUCAGUACAUAAAGCAGAAAAUCAGUGACAGUCAGUCUGUAGAGAAGAGUAUCAACCUGUUCUACUGUCUGAAUGAGCUGAACGAUCGUUCUCUAGUGGAGGAGAUUCAACGGUCUCUGAGUUCAGGACGUCUCUCCACAGAUAAACUGUCUCCUGCUCAGUGGUCAGCUCUGGUCUUCAUCUUACUGUCAUCAGAAAAAGAUCUGGAUGAGUUUGACCUGAAGAAAUACUCGGCUUCAGAAGAGGCUCUUCUCAGGCUGCUGCCUGUGGUCAAAGCUGCUAAGAAAGCUGUGUUGAGUGGCUGUAACCUGUCAGCAAGAAGCUGUGAAGCUCUUUCCUCAGUUCUCGGUUCCCAGUCAUCUAGUUUGAGAGACCUGGACCUGAGUAACAACGACUUGGAGGACUCUGGGAUAAAGCACCUGUGCCAUGGACUGGAGAGUCCAUGCUGCAAACUUGAAACUCUCAGUCUUUCAGGCUGUCUGAUCUCAGAAAAAGGUUGUUCCUCUCUGGCUUUGGCUCUGACCUCCAACCCCUCCCACCUGAGAGAGCUGGACCUGAGCUACAACCAUCCAGGAGAGGCAGGACUGGAGCUGCUGUCAGUCAGUCUAAAGAUGCCUGACUGCAGGCUGGACGCCAUCAGAACUGAACCCGGUUCUGUCCAGUGGUUGAAGCCAAACUUCACAAAAUACUUCUGCCAGCUCACACUGGACCCAAACACAGCGCACAAGUUCCUCAGACUGUCUGAGAACAACAGGAAGGUGACCGACCUACGGAAGGAACACCCAUACCCCGAUCACCAGGAAAGAUUUGACUACUGGCCCCAGGUGCUGUGUGAAACUGGUUUGUCUGGUCGCUGUUACUGGGAGGUUGAAUGGGUUGGAAAGGUUUAUGUUGCAGUGAGCUACAGAGGGAUUGGGAGAAAUGGUGACAGCGAUGGCUCCAAGUUUGGAGGGAAUGAUCAGUCUUGGUGUCUCGCCUGCACUGAUGGAGGAUACAGUGCUUGGCACAACAACAGCGGGUCGCCCAUUCCUCUUCCUCCCUCUCCUACCGCCUCUCACCGUGUGGGCGUCUAUGUGGACGGUCCUGCUGGCAUCCUGUCCUUCUACAGAGUCUCCGGUGAUGUAGUGACCCACCUCCACACCUUCAGCACCACAUUCACUGAACCGCUCUAUGCUGGCUUUGGUUAUGGGGUCAAAUUUAAUUCCUCUGCUCUUUUGUGUCAGCUGUAAACCAACAGGAUGUGGUUUAGUUAAGUUGGUAAAAAAUAUUCCUAUAUAUGAGAUCAAACUAGAAAAGGCAGAGGAGGCAUCAUGAAAAUGAACCUGUAUUUAUUUUCACAAGCACAUAAAAUGCCAAACUUUGUUUGGUGAUUAAAUAAUUACUUUACUCCUUAUAAUAAGGUGGGGUGUAAUUAGCCUCUUAUGUUUGUAUUAAACAGUAAUGAACCUGUAUGUCUUUUGUCAUGUACAAUAUAGAAAAUGUAAUGAUAUUUUUAUUGAUUUUAUUUAUUUUCCAUUAUUUUACUUGUGAAAUAUUUGCUUCCAUCUGUAAUGUUGUACAUAUCAGCUGCUCCAGUCUUUAGUAAUCCCAGGGGCACAGAAAUGUAUCCCAACAUAUCCCCACAUUUUUCCACGCUAAUUCAUAUUUAUGUUUAUUUAACAUUUUCCACAAAAAUUGUCUAAAACAUUAGAUUUCAGUGAUGUUAAUGCCCACCUGCAGGUGGCAGUAUUUACCUCUCCUGCUCUGCUGCCUCAGACUUUCUUCAUGUCAAGUCGUAGCUUAUGAUUGACACACAGAGUAAAAAAACUGUGAAUAAUUAUUCCUGUUCAUUAAAGAAUAAAAAUGUUUGUGUUCAAGCUU